CGCUGGCAAAGGAAGCUGCGUCGCUCUGCACACCAGAAGGAGUGAGUGAGCACGCAACGAGUAUUCUCUGCUAACGAAGGCAAUACAAGAUGUCAACUUCGGCCGACUUGCAGCCAACCGCCACGAGCCUCACCACCAUUAGCUACUUCUCGACGGUGGACUAUGCAAUCUUUACGGUGCUCCUCGUCGCCUCCCUCGUGGCGGGGACCUUCGCAGGCUGGCGGAGCAGCAGCGGGGACACCAAGGACUUCCUGACGGGGGGGAAGAGCAUGAACCCUGUCGCCAUCACCAUGUCUUUGCUCGGCGGGGUUGUGUCAGCGCUCUCCGUUCUAGGUAACACAACAGAGAUAUACCUUUACGGAACGCAAUUGUGGAUGAAUCUUCUCGGCUGUGUGUGGGGAUCUCUCGUGGUUGUGCAUCUACUUCUGCCUACAAUCUAUCCUCUUGGGUUGUCAUCCAUGAAUCAGUACCUCCAGUUGCGCUUCGAGUCCCAGCUCCUGAAGAAGCUGGCGUCCAUCACCCAGAUCGUCCACAGCGCCAUGUACCUCGGGAUCUGCCUCUACGCCCCGUCCCUCACCCUCAGCUCCGUCACGAGGCUGUCCGCGGGCGUCUCCAUCAUCGUGCUGGGCGUCGUCUGCUCCGUAUAUAUUUCGCUGGGGGGCGUGCGGGCGGUAGUGUACACAGACGUUCUCCAGACCACAAUCAUGUUCGUGGGCGUGCUGUCGGUGGUGGUCCAAGUGUGCAUUGAGUUGGGCGGCAUCGGGGAAGUGUGGCAAAGGGCGGGCCAAGGAGGACGCCUCGAGUUUUUCAAGUGAGUUGGAAUGACAGACCGUGUUAUCUGUUGAGCUCUCAGUCUGGCUGUCUACGUGUGUGUGUGUGUGUGUGUGUGUGUGUGUGUGUGUG